AUGGGGAAAGAUAUGGCAGCCAGAAAACUUAAAAACAUGGGCUUCCCCUGCACUUGCAAUGUUCCUAGUGUUGGUAGGAGUGGUGGUCUAGUUUUGGCAUGGGAAAAAGAAAUCCAUCUGAAUGUUGUUUCUUCCAUCUUGAGGGGCAUCUAUGUGACUUCAACUGACAUUAUCCAUUCAAAAACUUUUCAUAUUCAUUUUGUGUAUGGUGAACCUAAUAGUACCCUCAAACCCCCCUUCUGGGAACAACAGUGUCAACAAACUACUGCCCCCAUAGAUGAGCCUGUUUUUGUCAUUGGUGAUUUUAAUACUCUUUUAGGAACAGAAGAUAAGAAUGGUGGUCUUGAAGUUAAUGAUUCUGAUUUUGAACAUCUAAGAAAUUUUUGCUCUACUUUCAAUUUGCAUGAUCCUCGGUUUUAUGGCCCAAGAAUCACUUGGUCCAAUAUGCAACAAGUUCCUGAUUUAAUUUUAGAAAGGCUAGAUAGAUGUUUUUUAAACCAAAUUGCUGAGGACCUUUGUCCCAAAUUAUGUGUUAUAAAUCCCCCUAGAGAUUCUUCUGAUCAUUGUCCCAUGCAUAUAGGUUUUAAUUAUGAGGAAACUUGCAUGCCUAAACCUUUUCAUUUCAUGGCUAUGUGGAUUGAGGAUCCUACUUGCAGAGACAUUAUAGCUAACUUUUGGUCUGUCAAUGUUAUUGGAUCUCCAGCAUAUAAACUAAAAGCUAAGCUUCUUAGCGCUAAAAAAGGUCUUAGAGAUUGGAACAAAUCCUCUUUUGGUAAUAUUCAAACUGAUAUAUCUACCAUUAGGAAAGAUUUGUUAGAGCUACAGAUUUUUGAUCCCACUGAUUCUAUUACUACUGCUAGACUUAAAACUAGAUUAGAGUACCUUUAUACCUUAGAGGAAUUCUACUGGAAAGAUAAGUCUAGAGAAGUAUGGCUCAUUGAAGGUGACAGAAACACACCUUAUUUUCAUAGAGUCACUCUUUUCAGGAGAAAGAGGAAUGCUAUCAGCUGGAUCAAGGAUUCCUCAAAUGCUAUCCUAACUGAUAGAGAUAGUAUUGGGAAUUCUUUCUUAGAUUAUUCCAAAAAUCUUUACUCUUCCCAACCCCAACAAUUCCAGGAUGAAAUUUUUAAUGAUCUACCUGUUAAAUUUUCUGCUGAGGAUAAUGAUACUCUAAAUCUCCCCUCACUGCUGAGGAAAUAA